UAUUGGAAGACAGAGUUUUAUAUUAUCUCAAAAGCUCUAUAAUCCUACAAACAGUCAGAAAAGCAUAGAAUCAAAUGUAAUUAUAUCUUAUACAAAUGCAAAUGUUCACUAUGAUUUACUCAAAGAAAGCCUAAAGAAAAGCAUCAUUUCUGCUAUUGGAAGAUUGAAACUUAGUCCUAAUAAAUAUAAUAAUCAGCUUGAUAUGAUUAAAGAACAAUAUACAACAAUGAGCUCACAACCACCCAAUAAAAGAAAAAGAGGCAGUUUCUUCUCUUCACCUACAAAACCUCCGAAUAACACACCACAAGCUGUCAACCUUGAACAACUUGUGACACAAAUCCGAACAGAUCAAACUAAUGCUUAA